UUUUUUUUUUAUUUUUUCCUUUUUUAUGAUGGUAUUAAAGCCUUCCAAACUUACUUUGGCUUUGGCUUUUCUAUCUGCACUUAUUGUAGCCAAUGUAUCAGGUCCACAGUAUAUAUACCCCACAUUUGGAAGUUCAUUAAAUGAUCGAUUUGAAUGGACUCCUGUCGAGAACAGUAUUGUGAGUACAUCAUGCUUUAUCGGUGUUUCUUUUUCAGGUCCAUUGUGUGCCUGGAUGCUUGAAAGCCUUGGAAUUACAAAAACAUUGCGUAUCUCGGCUGUACUUGUAUUUCUUGGGCCCUUUUUAGUGGCUCAGACAUAUGCUGGCCGACUUCCUAGUCAUUUUAUACUCUGUACAGUCUAUUUGAUAUUUACUGGAUUAGGAGGUGCUGCAGCCUUUUUAUGUGCUUUAGAUUCUCAGUCUCAUAACUUUAAAGAGCGUCGGGGACUCAGUAUGGGUUUAACAACCGCUUCUGUAGGUAUAUGCGGUGUUGUGUUUUCACAAAUCAAUGAUCUUUUAUUUGGACCCAAUGUAUUCAGUGUCAACGCGCCUUAUUCCAAUGACAGUACCUAUCAUUUCCUUAUGUUUCUCUCGAUCUGUAUGGCUACAGGUAUCUUGUUGGGUUCUUUCUUUUUAGGUCCUAUUGUGCCUGCUUAUGAGCCCAUUCUUCCUGACCGUGUGGAUCAAGAAGACACGAUUAAAUCAGAGACUACACUCUCAGGCACUGACUUACUCAAACAUCCUAUUGGAGGUGGUAUCUUUUGUGCCCUUUUUAUUGUGAUUGGCAUAGGCUAUGUCUAUCUUGCCAACAUUGGCCAGAUAUUGCAUGCUAUCUCAAGUGAAUCAGAUCAACAUGACAGAAACCUACAUAUCACUCUGUUUAGUCUAGGCAAUUGUGGUUCCCGUGUUAUUUUUGGUGCAUUAAGUGACUUACUCAAGAACAAGUACGGUGUUCAUCGUGUAUGGGUGUUUGUGUAUGCUAUUGUUACUUUAUUGCUUGCAUUAAUGUUUCUUGUUUCCCAUGAGACUAUCUCUUUGGAAGAACUGAAGCCAUGCACUGUCAUUAUUUCCAUGUCCUAUGGUAUUCUUUUUGGUGUAGCACCUGCUGUGACAACAGAAUUUGGAACAAAAGUCUUUGCACGUAAUUGGGGUUUACUUUUAUAUGCUCCUGCUUUUGGAAGUCAAUUGUUCAAUGUCUUGUUUGGUGUGCUUUAUGGAACAGAAGCAGAAAAGCAACAUGAUCAUGUAUGCCAUGGUGUUGUUUGCUACCAAAGUACAUUCUAUGUAGCUAUCUGCUGUAACCUAGUGGCACUUGGUGUCUUGCUGCUAGCAAUUUACAAAACGAGUCUUUAUUAUACACAUCCUAUAGAACAAAAGAUACAUUAAGAGAAAUGAAGCAUGGUUAAUUGAAUAGACCAACUGAUUUUGUCUACGCCUUUGUUGUCUGUGAGCUGGUACAUCUUUGUCUUGAAUUCAUCCAGGGCUUCAUAUAACACAACCAACUCUUGUUGAGAGAAAGCAGUGAUGGAAGAGACAGACAUACAGUAUUUGCUGACCAUCAGUAUAUGGCGAUAGAUAGCGUCGAUGGAUUUCUUGUCUCGAGGAAGGGUUUUCAAGACAUAACCAGUUAUUUUUUUGGGGGGAAACUCUCUUGUUCAGACGCUUGUGUGCUUUGUUAGCUUGAGACGUAUCUGCAUUUGCUAAAGCUAGAUCACAAAGUAGAACCACAAAAGAAGGGUAUUUAAUGAAUCCUAAAAGUGUUUCAUAGCUUGAAUAAAGCUACGCAUCUGAGUAGUAAGAUGAUCA